AGCCAAGAAAUUCAUCUUUCAUGGGAAGUUAAGCUGAGACCCAGCAAGAGCUGAGUGACGGACGUUUUCCAAGGUCUCAUGUGGAAUUCUGAGAUGAGCCCUCAUCGAGCCAAGUCCUGUCCCGCAGCCAGGAUGGAAUUGGGAGCUGUCCAAGAGGUUGAGGUGCCUCACAGCCGCCGGUGAUGCUUGCAACAGAGACCUCUUGUGCUGAGGAGCUGAGGGACACAGGUUCCUUAGUGCCAUGAUGGGAGAGACACAGCAUGUUUAUGCCACCAAUGAUACUGAGUCCAGUGCCCGUGAGAAAGACAUCAACGUUGAGCAAUUCAGCAAGAAAGACGUGGGUGAAUUUAACAGUCGUUUGCUUGAUGGCUCAGAGUCAUGUCUACGCAAUGAGGCUGAGAAUGGCUCCAACUUCACCAGCACCAAGGACAAGGAACCACAGAACCAAAGGGAAGCUGUGAUCCGGCCUCAGCAAGCAGGCAAAAUAGACUUCAAGUCCCUCCAUAACAGGGCCAGAUUUCUCAGUGAUGGUCCUUGGGGCACUGUCAAAGGAAGCCCCCAGUCCCCCACUGGGAAAAGCCGAGCAAGGGAAAAGAGCAAGCGAUCUGGGAAAGGUGAGCGAGGCCACCAGCAGCUCUAUCGGCUGACUAUUGGCAAUGCCAGGCCAAGGCCCACCAUUGGCAUUGCUUACCCCCAGCAGAAGGUCACGCCACCCAAGAAGGUCGAAGCUGGCCGAGGACCCAUCUCAGGGACCUACAGGUUCCAUGUUCCCAGCAUCCCUGAGAGAGAAGUGGAACUGCAACAGGAAGAUCUUGGCUUUGCCCGCUGUUUUCCAGAGACCACCUCAAGCCAUAUCCCCACCAGCUUUACCUCCCCAACAUCAACCACAUGCCCAAACCACCAUAUGAAGGUUCAGCCACCAGCUGGCAUUCCGCAUGAAAAUUCUGCCGCCAACGGGCAGUUGCAUUAUUUGGAGUUCCAGGGUAAUGGGAAUAGCUCGUGGCCUUUUCCGGAGAAAAGCCUCCCAGGUGCUAACAAUGGAUUCUCUUCCCCCAAACCUUGCCCCUUGUUACCUGAAAGCAGCAAAUCAAAUGUGCACUGCUUGGGGCCACUGUCAUUUCAGUACCCCUUCCAGACCUUGCACAGCUCCGUUACAGAUCCUUUUCAAGUCGAGGUGCACGCUCAAGAUUACAUAGAUGUGUCGCUGGCCACCAGUCAGGCUUCCCAUGGUGCUUUUGCCUUCCAUCCUUCCUCCAGGGACUGGAAAGAGGACGCUCUUGUCAGCGGCUCCUAUGACAGUGUGGGGCCAGAGAACAGGGUCUAUGGGUUGUCUCCCCAGCCGGCUCAGUUCCUCCCGCAUUUGUCUUUCUACAAAGAAAGGAACGAACAUUCCACUGACCAUAAUGGUGCUAUCUCUCCUUCUGGUGCUAUGGACCAAGCCUCAAGCACUUUCCAAGAAAACCAAGGUGUUUUCCCACCCAGUUUACACGUCUCUAAUUUGCCAAAGCCAAUUGGUAAGAGGCAGUCCUCAUCAAAAGACAAUGUAGCUAGUCAAAGGAUACUGGAUCCAGGCGGUGCUGUGAGAAGGAAUAUGCCACAGGUCUCUCUGCCGCAAGUGCACUUUCAGAACAAGGGUUAUGGUGAUCCCCCAGCUAGCGCUGUCAGCCCCAACUCAGUGCCUUUUGAGAAGAGCCUUCCCACUCCUGUUCAGGCCCACCCCCGGCUCCUACAGCCCUGGGAGGGAGGCAAAAAGACUUAUCCCCCCAUGGAACAAAGCUCAACAGGGUAUCCAAGCUCUGCUGGGAACCAGCUCUCAUUUGGGUGCCAUGCAGUGGCAGAACAGAGGCAGCAGGUGAAGAAGACCUGGCAGCAGUUGGGCCUCACCUCGAUGCACAGCCAGGAUCUAAUCAAGCUGUCGAGGAAGAAGCUGCCUUUCCUCCUUGGGGUGUCAGAGUGGGAUGGAAGCAGCAAGGUGCAGAAAAACGCCACCCCUGGCUAUCCCAGUAAAGCCCUGCUAACUGGGGAGGGAGCCAUUAUACAGCGGCAUAAUCCGGUCCCACAGAACUGCACUUCGGCCAACGUUUUCAGCUUUGAAGGGGCAAAGGACGCCGAGCUUCCUGCCGUGUGUAGUUCCAGGGCCAAGUCCAUCUUCUUCAAUGUGAGCCAAGCCGUGCCACCAACAUCCUCUCGUCUCUCUUCCAACCCAGCUUUGGUGUUGCCACCAUCAGCCUUGGCUGCAUCCCCGAAUGAUUCCCCUCUCCCAUCGCCUGCCCCCAACCCCACCAGCAGCAGCACUUGCUCAUCCCUCUCACCCACACCUAGCAGCCCAAACAGCCACACUUUUGAAGAUGGCAUUGUGUUGACCACAUCCCCCUUCUUUCACCAUGAGUGCCACUCAAAGAAUGCCAACAAGCCCUUCCAUGCCUCAGAGACACUGGGCUCCAGUGCAAUCCACUAUGCGACAGCAGACUCUUUCAAGGCCUUUCACCUCUCUCAAGAUGUCCCAAAAGAUGAGCUCCUUUACAAAGGCAUCCCUGUGGACAGCCACUUCCACAAGCCAGACGUGGAUGCCUCCAAAGGAUACUUGGAGGUGGGCUUUGAGGCUGAGCUGCCUCCGCCACCUUAUUCCUCACAUCACCUCCUGGCCAGCUCGCUGAGCAGUGCAAGCCUUGACCAGCUGGACGUGUUCCUGACCUGCAAGCAAUGUGACCAAAACUUCAGCAAUCUCUCCUCCUUCUUGGAGCACCGACAGUUCUGCAGCUCUCAUGCAGCUCUCCAGGGUCCGUCAAAAGGCUCUUCCCGGGGUGCAGAGAUCAGGAAGCAGCAUCAGGAGACUUCUGAGUCCGCAAAGCAUACACCAGCUGGUCUGGGGCUCCCGCUGCCUCCGGACCCUCAUUUGCAGCUGCUUGCUUUGAACAAGGCGGUUGAUUUCACAGUAGAUGGAGAAGGUAAAGGAGAAGCCAAGGAUGACCCUCUAAAAGUGAACCAGCUCAAUGGCCUGGCCGCAAACCCCUUGCCACUUAGCGCUUCCGACUUGGAGAUUGAUGACGCCAAGCUGGACAGUUUGAUCACAGAAGCUCUGAAUGGACUCGGGUACCAGUCAGAUAACCCUGAGAUUGACAGCAGCUUCAUUGAUGUGUUUGCUGAUGAAGAACUGACCUCUGUGAAGGGCACCAGCGGUGGGACCACUUACAAAGCAAAAGAAAGCUUGGCUUCAGGGAAGAAAGCAAAGCCGCAGCCAGGGUUGAAUGAGAAUGUGAAAAUGUUGAGCUGCUACGAUGUUCACCCUGGCAGUGAUCUGGCAAAAAGGAAAACAUCAGAGAAGCAACAGGGGCAUAAAGCGAGAGGGGCGAGCUGGUUUCCAGAGCAGGGAGGAGAAAGGCUCGAAACACAGAGCCGCAGGGAAUUGGCUCAGAAUAAAGUUGCCGACCCAGCAGUCUGCAACAGGGCACACGCCGAUGCCAGUGCCCAAGUGAAGACUGGAAGGAAGGACUGCAGGCGUUCCUUUCUGCCUGUGAAGGAGGUAGCCAAAGCCAUGUCAGAGCUGAAGCAGCCCAAGGGUGUGAACUGUGCCUCUUCCCCAGCGAGCGGCAGCAGCGCUCUCUCUGCAAAAGAUGCAAAGAAGCGGAAGCUGCGGAGUAGCACCUGGAGCAAAGAGCUGAUCCAUAAAAUUGUCCAGCAGAAGAAUAAGCUCCACAAACUGCAUACCAAGAGCAGCAAAGCCGUGCCACUCUCCUUGCUGGCUGACCGGCGGCUUCCCGAAGCCAAGGACAGCAAGUUUGGUGAGUACGAAUACAUCUCAGAGUCUGAUGAUGAGCGGGUGGAGUAUGCCAAGCGGUACUGCAGGAGGAAGCUGGGGGUGCGAUUCAGUGGGCGGCUGAGGAACAGCCUCAGUCGGAGGCGCCAAGGGAGAGGCGGAAAGGAGAAGGACAAGGAGCCGGCGGGGAGAUAUGGCCAGAGGAGAGGCCGAGAGGAACCCCAAAGCCAAGAGCCGGGAAGGAAAGACGACUGCGUGGCCAGAGUGCGGCGGAGGUGCGGCUGCUCUUCCACCAGCAGCUGCCAGAGCACCAGCCUGUCCAGUGAGAUGAGCAAUAGCCCCCAAAGCCCCGAGAGGGCUGAUUCAGACACUGAGAUGGAAAGCGAACCGGGGAAGAGGCCCUUGCCUGCUGCACUGCUUCCAAGGGAACGACCAAACACUCCUGGGGAAGAAGCAGUAGGGAAAAGAAGCCAUCAAGUGAGCUCUGAGUUGCCCAGAGAGCCAUGCAGGGUCGACUCACCCAUGGUUCAGCCAGCAGGUUUCAAGGCACAUCAGAGGGGCAGCCCAAGCAUCUCCCCGGCCCCUUACACAAACGAAGGCAAAGGUUUGCUGCUGACCAAAGGGAAGACACAUCACAGUGACGGCCUGCUUGGCCAGAGCCCCGCCCUUCUCUUUGCUGUCGAAGGUGCAGAACUGUCUCACAGGUGCUCCGGCAGUAACAGUGAUAAGCCAAGGGCUACCCCAAAAAUUGUCGAACAGUGUGCCCUGGGGAUGAGUCCGUGCUGGCACCAGUUUGCUGCCUGUGACAGAGAGGCCUUGAAAUACCAUGCGGAAGAACUCAGUGGCCCAUCCUCCAUUGGUAACCAGAGCAUCCCCAGCGAUAAGAGUGCGAGCUACAAACAAGCAGGCAUCAAGUGUUUGAAGAAGCAGAAGGAAUUCAUGGCUCCAGCCAGCGGUUUCAGAGACAAUCCUGUUGGCAUAGAGAUAGCCGGGAAAGGGGCUGGUGCACUUGCUGAUGCUGCUGACACAUUUUAUGACUGCAAAGAGUUAUCCAACAGCUGUGAGUCAUCAGGCCUCUUCCCAGGUGCCCCGGCCAUUGAACCACCACACAGCAGCAAUGUGUUCUUGUGCCAGGGAGGCAUGGACCUCAGCUUGUUCAAACAGAAGCAUGCCGAGCUCGCCCCGUAUGAAGCCAAUAACCAUGAACAAAGCAAAGUCUCCUCACCUCUCCGCUUUGAUUCUUCAUCAGUAUUUGGAGAGCUCCCCGUAGCUGAGUUUGAUGCCAGCUUGUAUGAUGGCGUACCUUCAAGCAAGGACAAUUACGUUGCCUUUGAGUGCGCCGACCAUCAGCUCAGCAAAAUUAUAUCCUUUGACCAGCAGUAUUCUUCAUUCCUGGAAGAGAAGGACUGGAAUCUGAUGGAGGAAGUGCCCUCAGUUUUACCAGAAGACAUUGCCCAGUUUCAUAGCCUCCCUAUUGAAAAACCAGUAGGAAAGAGUUACUCUGUUGAGAUCAACCAAAUGCCUUUGUCCGAAAGGAUUGCUGAUUACAACAUGACUUACAUGAGCGGUAUAUCAGAUGAUGAGCUUGAGAUCAAAAGGUUAGUCACUGAGCUGGAAAGUCAGCUGCAAACAAGCAAACUUAACACGGAGGCAUCUGAUGAACACCAAGGCCCCAAACAGCACACUGGCACCGAAAAGACAGAAACCACCUGCCAGUUUUCCCUCUUAACCCUGGAUCAGGAAGGAGAUGGGAAACAGUUGUUCCUAAUGGAGGCUGAGUUUCAGAAUGCAAGCCUUCUUUCCACAAAAGCCUGUGCCUGUGAAAACUCAGGGAAUGAGAAAACUCUGCUUGCAUCUUUAGACAGCAAGUACGGAAGCCCCAGAGACCCUUGGCCAAGUCCAGCACCCUUCAGCCCACUCCACCAAUCCACCAUGCACGCACCAUCUGCCACUGAUCUGAUUCUGGUAGGUCCUUUUAGCUCCAAGGAAGACCAAGACAAGCUUCACGAAAAUCUGAAGAAUGUUGAAAUCUCUGGGGAAGAUGACUUCAGUGAGAUGAGGGCCAAAUCUACAAGAAUCAUACCAGAUACAUGUCUUUCAGAUGUCUCUGACAAUUUAGGGGUUCCAAGCUACACAGAUCAUUUGAUACAAAGCUUGGAUCCCUUGUUCCCUAAAACUCUGGAGGCCGCUGAGUUACAUACACCAGAACCUUUGCCACUGAGAGGGGAUGUGAUCCCUGAACUGCCACCAAAGGGAAAAACAUUUGAUGGUGCUGAGGAAUUGGAAUCGUACAGCCAGCAGGUUCUAUGUCUAAAGCCAGAAUUUGGCCUACAAGGUGCUGGUGGUCAAGAGUCCAGUGGCAAUUUGCUCUCUAGUGCUGAAAGCAUCAAGGACCCAGAAGCAAGUCCCAGACCUACGACCAGGUCACCUGAAAUGCUGGAAAAUGCCACACCCUUCCAAAGGGAUGAAGAUGGAUCUGCACUUCUAGAAAAGGAUAGUCAAAUUGUUUGCCGCAUCUCAGCCCUACACAAUAAGGCUGGUGGUGGGAAAACUCUGGUUUUUGACACAUUGACGUUUUCCAAGAAGAUGGAUGGAGAUGCAGAAGACGUUUCAGCUCCCAGAGAGAAGGCAGGCAACCCAUUACAGCAGCUGCAGUUGUUUGUGGCCAGGACUGCCAAAAAUAAUGAGGAUGACUUGCUGAUGCCAUGUUUCCCACCUCUUCACCCCACCACCCACUUGCCCACAAGUGUCAACAUGCAGCCUGAACAGGAAGAGGCAUCUAUGGGCAUUGUUCCAAGUGAGGCAAGCCCCACAGUGGAGGAAAGGAAGGGAUCCCAGGCAGAGGAAUCUGAGAGCAUGACCAAGUCAUCUGAUCCAGCUGAACUGUUUUUGGAGCCAGGUCACCAGGCAGAGCAACUUGGUGAAAGGUCUCCCUGUGCUACAGAGCAAUUGGCACUUCAGAGCCCUGAACGACUCAAUCUCAUUGCAGAGGAACACGAGCAGCACUUAAAGGGUGAAUGUUCAGAGGUGGUAGGCAACAUUAAUCUGUGUGCAGAUGGCAUUACCCCAGAGCACAGUCGCCUCUCACCAUUCAGCAACUCAAUGGUGACCUCAUUGCUAAACGAGGAGGGAACACGAGGGGGUCAAGUUACAGGAGAGGUGGAGGAAGAUCAGCAAAAAACGACCUUGGCAUUUAGGAACCACAGAAAAUCCCCUUUAAGCCCUGGAUCAUCUGAGAAGGAAAUGCCAAGUGGUGCUUUGCCAGCCAUGCUCAAAGGACUUGUGGCCCACUGUACUGCUUGGGGUGAAGCCUGCUGUGAGGAUCAGGCAUUGUGUACUGCAAAAGCCCACCAGACAGAAGAGGGCAGAGAUCAGUUGCAGCAUCGCAUGUCUUUGGCUCCCAGCAGCCCACCUGAAAAUCAAGACCGGGAUGAUUAUCCCUUGCAUGGGACAGACUUUUGUUUGGAAACUGACCCAGUUUCAGCAGGAGAUCAGAGCUUGGAGAAGCAAGCCAGUCAUUGUGUAGAAGCUUCUCGGAAUGGUUUCUCUCUGGAAGUCACAUUUGCUGAUCCGAAAGAAGUACAGAAAAGUGACAAAGGAAGUGCAACACCCUCUGACUUUGGAGUGCCACCAUCUGGAGAGAGUCUGACUGUUUCUGAGGGCCAGCACACUCUCCUUCUUGCUUGCAGGCACUCCUCUAGUGCUGAGAAGAGUGUUGUUGGAAAUCCCAUGCAAUUCUUAUCCAUCACAAGCCCUUGUGGUGCCACUUCUCCUUUGCCAUCGGAUAUGCUUGGCAACAUGCAACAGCAUUUUGCAGAAGAUACCACCAGUGACUCAGCAGAACCAGAAAAUGUUUUUCCUAUGCAAUCUGCCUCUUCCUUGUGCUCUGGUUACCUAGCAGCUCCUCCUAUGCAGGCUGAAAAGUCCUUGAAAUUACAAGCUAACAACUGCAGAUCCCCCAGCAUGCUACCUUUUAAAAAUAAGGAUGUCCCCAAAGGAUUACCCAAAUUUCCAGGUCAUGAAGACAGUGGCAUGUGCUCUGUGAAGGAUGUGAUCGUCAGUUCUCAGUCAAUGUUUCUACAAGGCAUCAUGCUUGACCAGCCUCCAUCAGAGACAGAUUCUGCUCAGUUUACAAACACAAGAACUAAUAAAAAUCUGAAGUUAAUAUCAAAGCCCCAGGGGACAAAGGAGGCUGAAAGUUUCCCCCAGAAAGACAGUAAAGAUCGAACUCAGCCAGGGAUCUUUAGCAAAGAUGUUCAUGUUCAAGAGAUGACAGCUGCCAACCUCCCAGAAAAAGCUAAUGUUGGUGAACUUCACCCCAGUGCUAGUCAGUUUCCAAAACCUGCAGAAGCUGGGCCUGGGAAGGCUUCACAAGACGUAGAGAGCAGAGGCAAUGAUUCUGAAGACUCUGGAUGGAAUCAGAAUAUGGAGGGACAUUCUAGCUGCAUAGAGCAAGAAGAGAGCAAGCAUGGAAAUCUAAGCGAUGAUUCUAAGGCCAGGCAAUCAAAAGAAAAGAAGGGGAAAGGGCUGCAAGUCACCUGUGAUAUCUGCUCAGUUCCUUGUAGAUCCAAAAUUGGGUUGAUGAGACACAAAGCUGUGAAACAUCAGGAGAAAAAGGACAGCACUCCAUUGCCAGACCUGAAUUGUACUCCACUGGAAAAAGCACUCAAGACAAGCAAGCAAAUCUCUCAAAGAAACAGCAGGGCCUCCAUCAAAGAGAGAGCAGGGAGCUCACACGCGGUUGGCCAACCAUUCCCCAAAUCCUACAGGAGCCAAAGAAAGGAGCCCAGCCGACAGAUCCAAGAAGGUGUUAGCAAGGUGCUCAGUGGCUUAAGUGUGACUUCACUGGACAUAACCCAUGAACUCCAAAGUACAGGUGGCCCAAAUAAAGACACGAAAGCAAAGUCCAUGAGCUCAGAGGCAGAGAGAUUGGACAAGUCAGCACCCAGCUCUAGAACAGAACCACACGAGGGAGGGAAAGGCAAAGAGGCUGGAGUUGAUGGGUUGGACAGUUUUGCCAGGAAGAAACUGAAGAAAACAAGAAAAGCAAAAAUGGUUCCAAAUGAGAUCACCAGCUCGUCUCGCCUAGAGAAUGAGACCCCUGAGCUUUGCUCCACGGUGACCCCCAGCACUGUCGACCUCACCCUGGUGCUGGAGAGCACCUCCGCCUCAACAGAAAAGCAGGCCAGGGCACAGUCAGCUUUGCCACCCCACCCCCUGACAGUCAAGGACUCAGAAGAAGUUGAGGAAAGCGCAUUACCAGCCAAAGAGAUGGCUGGACAAGAGCCUCCUCAGAAUGCAGGGAGCUGUAAAGAGCAGAUAGCAAAUCCAGGGUCAGAAGGAAAGCGACCCAUGCAAGAGAGUUGGGCAAGGAGGUACUCGAAACAAGUUGAGGAAGGGUUGAGCAAUGUCUGUGAAGAACUGGAUGAUGGCACCAGCAUGGAAGAAGCUGAAUCCUCCAAAGAGAGUCCUCUCAAAGAGAUGAGCUGCAGAAAUCAAAAUAACCUGUCGAUAUCUACACCAAGUCCCAGCAGCCCCCAACAGUCUUGCCAUGAUGGAGCAGCUGAAAAGGACUUCCCUGAAAUAUCAGAAAAAGGUUCCAAUGGCGUCCCUUGUCCUGUGGAGUCCAAGCCGUUGAGGAAGGAAGAACUUCAGCCAAGGAACGGAUCUCAUGGCAAUGAUGAUGAUGCCGCAGGGCCAGACCUGCAGAGUUUGUUUGAUGACGACUCUACAUUUUCCCAACUUUUCCCCAGGAACGACCAGUUUGCUCGUCGGAAAUGCACACGAGUGUAUGGAAAGCGGACCAAGAAACCUAAACCUGUUGCAGAGACAAACUCCAGGCUGGAAGGCACACCGAGUGUUUUUACAACCCGGAUGGCUUCAGAUCUUGGAGAAACCAGCUCUUUCUGUGUCACCAGGGAGGAUCCUUGCGAGUACGACACCAUCUCCAUCGAUGAUGCUCUGACGCUCAACAUGUGUCAUGGCAACAAAGCAAUGGUGUGUGAUGUUACUUCUGGCUCUGCCAAAAACACGGUUCUGCAGUCAGACGAUCCCAGGCACAGGGAAGAAAGGACUGAUUUGAAGAAUGAUGGCACAGUAAGCCUCCUGUGUCAAAGGAGCCCAAUGGAGGCUCUUCCAAGCUUGAGCAGCUGGGGUGGUCUUGAGAAGAAGGCAGAAAGCAUUUCCCCAGAUGGAACAUUGCUCAACCCAUCCACAGAGCUCACUAAUGGGCAUUCAGCAAUGGCAGGCAGUCCAGAACCUCCUGACCUGGAAGAAGAAUCCUAUGACACUAGAAUGAAUGAAAAUCCUGGCUCACCUGAAUUUCAGACAAUUGAUGUGGAGAUGUUGAGUGCAAAGUUUGAGAUGAGAGAUGUGUGCUUCUACGGCAUUGGGGAAGAUAAUCUUAGUUGCACCGAUGACAAAUGCACUGUAGGGUUCAAGCCAAUGUCAUCAGCCCUUCAAGGCAGACCCAUCAAAAAUAAGCUAGGGGAAGGAAAGCAGGGGAAAAACCGCAGUGACCUGAAUAUCAAGGCUAAAGACAAGCAAUACAAGUGCAAAGUGUGUUUCCAGUGGUUCCUUACAUUAGGAGAGCUGGACUUCCACAAGCUCAGCCACAACCCUUCCCCUCCACCAACGUGCUACAUGUGUGUCCAGAGGAAGUUCAGCUCCAGGGAGCAGCUGAGGGACCAUUUAAAGGAGAAGCAUGCCAAAAACAAAGCAGGCCUUUGGGCCUGUGGCAUGUGCCUGAAGGAAAUCUCUGAUGUCUGGAUGUACAAUGAACACUUGCGUGAACACGCCACUCAGUUUGCCCGGAAAGGCCAGGCUCAAAAAUCGGUUUUGGGAUUGUCCAGCUGUUUCAGCAGCGAUGAUGCUGCUGUCACCCACUUCUUGAACUCUAUCAUGUGUCGGAAAUCCAUCAAGCAUGCUGAGCCUGGCAGCAAAGCAGCACCUGCUUGCAAAGAGAGCAAAAGCCUCAAGGAGCCUCACCAAGGAGGGCAAGAAGUGACCGCCACCAAGGACACCUUGGAGAUUCCACUCCGGAUCAAGCCACCCAUUGGCUCCCCAAAAGCACUUGCCUCAUCUCCCAACCCUGCUUCCAAAGCUGAAGGGGCUCCUAAGCUGGCCCCCAUGCAUCCUGAAUGCAAAGAUCCCUCGCGAGAUUGCCAUCACUGUGGGAAGCAGUUCCCCAAACCCUUCAAACUCCAGCGCCAUCUCGUAGUACACAGCUUGCAGAAGAUCUACUUGUGUCACAAGUGCCCGAUGUUCUACCAGGAGACCAAAGAGCUCCGGAGCCACCUCAGUCAAGAGCACGGAGCAGCUGAGGAAAUGGACAUCAAGCACACCACCCUUUAUGCCUGUGAGCUUUGUGCGGAUGUCAUGCAUGUCAUCAAGAAGUCUUUCAUCUGCAGCACCUGUAACUACACCUUCUCCAAGAAAGAGCAAUAUGACAGGCACAUGGAGAAGCACCUGGUGGGGAGCAGCAAGACGUUUCGGUUCCGAGGAGGGAUGCGGCCAAGACCCUCUGCUAAGGAGAGGGAUAAGAAAGUCAACGAGGAGGGAUGCCCAAGGGAAGAUGCUCCAACAGCCAAAAAGAAGAAGGUUGCCCACUACAACAGCUUGCUUGCACCAUGUUCACCUGCUCGCUCAGGCUGUACCUGUGCCCCUCAACUAGGGGAUGAACCUCUGCUGUCUCCUAGUGAGCCUCUGUCCAUAGUAGCCAAUGUGGCCACAACACCUCGACCCCAGACCUCUGUAAAAACUGAAGAGCUGGUAGGGAACUUCUCUAGUCCCCUGGCUGAAGUUACAAAAAACCCAUUUGAUUGUUUGCCUCCACCUCCUCCUCUUGCUCCCCAGGAUGAAACAAGGGGGCCAGAACUCAGGCUCAUCGCUGCAGUGUCCGUGGGGCAGCUGGUGAAAGGAGACUCCCUGGGCGAGACUCUGCCUCCCUCCGUAGACUCUCCUGAUGCAGUUAGCCUGAAUGUCGUCAGCUUAGCCCAUAAACAAACAGGAGCACCUCAGGCCUCUGAGAAGCACAACGAGGAAGCGGUUGCCCCAGAAAAAGUCAUCUCUGCUGGCAAAAUGGAACAAGCCAUGGGGAUGUGGAACAGCCCAUAUUUCCAAGCAGAGCCUUUGAGCAAGAUGCCGAAUCUUUCUGCUCCAGAUCUUGAGGCCCCAGAGUGCAAGGGGUCUCCUAAAACACAGUGGAGCAGCUAUCCUAAUCCACAUGAAAUGGCUCCUCAGGAAAGUGCCCCCAAGUUGUAUUUACCUGAAGUGACCUUCCACACGUUCCUACUGAAGGACAAGCCAUCCCCACCCACCCUAAACCAGUCUGCCAAAGAGAUGCCUUCAAGGAAGGUCACAGGAGUCCAGACCUGUGCCGAGAUUGAACCUGCUCUCCAUUGCUCCCUGGGCAACACAGAGGAAACUCAGCAGCCACCACCCUUAAAAGACAAGGCCCUCCCCGAGAUAGAUCCUUCUUACCCCACAGACAACAGCACCAGUGCUGGCGCCAAAGAGACAGGAAGCAUCCCAGUCAAGCCUGCCAGUGGGCACCUUCGAAGUGAGGCAGGAAGCGCCCAGGUGAAGCACAACCAUUCUGACCUGAGCAGAUGCCCAGAGAGACCGAGUGCUAAUGGGCUGGCCAAGGUUCACCCCAAAAAGCGGAGAGAACACAAAUCCUCUCACAAAGGAAACUCUGCCUCCUGUGAGAACAUUGAGGGGGACAGGAACAAGAAGAAGAAAGCCCGGAUGCCGGGCCCUGGGAGGAGCGAUGGCGUUGGAGGUUCCAAAAGGGCUGAUUGGCCAAACAGUGAUGCUUUCACUCUUUCUCCUCGAAGGAGGGACACUCAGUGCAACAAACUGAGCCCCACACUUAAGGUGUCCAUGGCUGGCGACCAGCUCAAAAAGAUGGUGCUUGACCAAUGCUUUCAGAAAAAGGUGGCGAUCCGCCGUGCCAAUGGAGACCUGAAACGCAAAAAGAACCUUUUGGCCAGCAAGGCUUUCCACCCUCUUUUAGCCAAAGACCCCUCCACCUCCCUGCCAGGCUCGUUGAACAGGCACAGAGCUGUCCAAGGUGCUAAACUGCCCGACUCUCACAAUUUCAGGACAGCUGAAUCCCAGAACAAUCUCCUAAGCCAACUGUUUGGGCAGAAAUUAACUAGCUUUAAAAUUCCUUUAAGAAGAGAUACUUCUGAGUAAUUUAUGAA